AUGAGUACCAAAAAGUCUGGUAAAAGCAAGGCAAAAAGUGCGAUCAAGUCGAAAGCCUCCAAAUCGAAGGAGUCUGCAGCGCCGUCCAAGUCAAAGGUCAAAUCUGCCGGCAAGUCCACUGCAAAGGAUGGGGCUUCCAAAGAAAAGUCAAAGGAAAAGUCUGUCAAGAAGGAGGCGUCGAAAGUAGAAAAGUCCAAGGGCAAAUCCAAAGCUGAAAAGUCAAAAGAGGAAAAGUCGAAAGCUGAAAAGUCUAAGGAAGAAAAGUCGAAGGCGGAAAAGUCUAAAGAAGAAAAGUCUAAAGCCGAAAAGUCUAAGGGAGAAAAGUCGAAGGCUGAAAAGUCCAAAGGAGACAAAUCCAAGGCUGAGAAGUCCAAGGAGGACAAGUCAAAGGCGGACAAAUCCAAAGUGUCCAAGGUGAAGUCAAAGGAGAAAUCCGGCAGUGGCGACGCGAAAGCAAGCAAGUCCAAGGUGUCCACUGCCAAGGGCGCCGAUGCAGGCGGCGGCGGAGAGGGCGGAGGCGGAAAGAACGCCGAGGCGCUGGCAAAGAUAACCAAAGAGCUAGAGUCGCUGAAGGCAGAGAACGUGACGCCCAACGGCAAGGACGACCUGGACAAAAUUCAAACGCUGCUGAAGAACAUCGCCUACCGAGACAACGGAGAGAAGGGGCGAGUGCGUCAGGUGACGCUCAACGACCGCCAGAAAGCCGCCAUUCAGAAGGUGACCGGUCUGGAGUUGGGCGGCACCUGUGACGACAAGUCCAUCGCCGCGCUGAAGACUGACAAGUUGGACUUUGAGGUUUCAAAGAAGUAG